GGCUCAUCAGUUAUUGCACUCUCCCUCAUUUGCCCUUGUUUGCUCGUCUGCCGAGCAGCGACCUCGUCUAUCAUGUACUGUUCUCGCUUCUGGAACUGAGUCGUUGAAUCUUUCGUUCCAGAUCGAUACAGUACCGCGAUUGGGUACGCUCGAUCCAGAUCGAAAUUCGUAGUGGGUCCCUCGUUUCUUGUAUGGAGCUGCUACAUGCUGCCAAGCACUGUAGUGAACUUGGAAAUAACAUUUGAACCUCAUCAUGUGCUUGUAAUUCAGCAAUGAAGCGCUACAUCUACAUCAAUGACGAUGAAUCAUCGCACCGUUUUUACUGUGACAAUCGCAUAUCAAAUAGGAAGUAUACUUUGUUGAACUUUCUCCCAAAGAAUUUAUGGGAACAGUUCAGCCGCUUCAUGAAUCAGUAUUUUUUGCUGAUUGCUUGUCUUCAGCUAUGGUCACUUAUUACUCCAGUAAAUCCUGCCAGUACAUGGGGCCCGCUUAUUUUCAUUUUUGCAGUCUCUGCGACGAAAGAGGCAUGGGAUGAUUACAACAGAUAUCUCUCAGACAAAAAGGCAAAUGAGAAAGAAGUUUGGGUUGUUAGGCAAGGCAUCAAGAAACAUAUACAAGCGCAGGAUAUUCGUGUUGGUAACAUAGUUUGGCUUCGAGAGAAUGAUGAGGUGCCUUGUGAUCUUGUUUUGAUUGGCACCUCAGAAGCACAAGGCCUGUGCUAUGUAGAGACUUCUGCCCUAGAUGGAGAAACUGAUCUGAAGACCAGGGUUAUACCCCCAGCUUGCAUGGGGAUAGAUCUUGAAUUGUUGCACAAAAUUAAGGGUUUAAUUGAGUGUCCUAAUCCUGAUAAGGACAUCAGAAGAUUUGAUGCAAAUCUGCGGUUGUUUCCCCCAUUUAUUGAUAAUGACCUGUGCCCAUUAACCAUAAAAAACACGCUACUUCAGUCAUGUUACUUGCGGAAUACAGAGUGGGCCUGUGGAGUAGCAGUCUACACUGGCAAUGAAACCAAGCUGGGUAUGAGUGGGGGCAUACCUGAGCCAAAGCUUACAGCUGUUGAUGCCAUGAUUGACAAGUUGACUGGAGCUAUAUUUGUUUUCCAAAUAGUGGUGGUGAUGGUUCUGGGCGUUGCUGGUAAUGUAUGGAAAGAUACAGAAGCAAGGAAGCAAUGGUAUGUUUUAUACCCAGAGGAAGGUCCGUGGUACGAACUAUUAGUAAUCCCUCUUCGAUUUGAACUACUAUGUUCCAUCAUGAUACCCAUAUCUAUUAAGGUAUCUCUCGACCUUGUGAAGAGCUUGUAUGCGAAGUUUAUUGAUUGGGAUAAUGAAAUGAUUGACCAAGAAACGAGUACUCCAGCCCAUGCAACAAAUACAGCAAUAAGUGAAGACCUGGGACAAGUAGAGUACAUUUUGACUGACAAAACGGGUACCUUAACCGAAAACAGAAUGAUAUUUAGAAGAUGUUGUAUCAAUGGGAUUUUCUAUGGGAAUGAAAAUGGGAAUGCCUUAAAAGAUGAGGAGCUCAUAAAUGCUGUUGCCAGUGGUUCUUCUGAUGUUAUACGUUUCCUUACAGUUAUGGCAAUAUGUAAUACAGUCAUACCUAUUCGAAGCAAAAGUGGAAGUAUCUUGUACAAGGCGCAAUCUCAAGAUGAGGAUGCUCUUGUUCAUGCUGCGGCUCAGCUACAUAUGGUUUUUGUCAAUAAAAAUUCAAAUACUCUUGAGAUCAAGUUCAAUGCUUCUACAAUUCAAUAUGAAGCCCUGGAAAUUCUGGAGUUCACUUCUGAUCGGAAAAGAAUGUCAGUAGUGGUGAAGGAUUGCCAAAAUGGAAGGAUUAUCCUUUUGUCAAAAGGAGCAGAUGAAGCAAUUCUCCCUCAUGCAUGCGCUGGACAGCAAACAAGGACAUUUAUUGAAGCUGUUGACCAAUAUGCUCAAUUGGGAUUGCGCACGCUAUGUCUUGCUUGGCGUGAACUAAAAGAAGAGGAAUAUCAAGAAUGGUCUUUGAUGUUUAAAGAGGCUAGCAGCACAUUGGUUGAUAGGGAGUGGAGACUAGCUGAGGUCUGUCAAAGAUUAGAACAUGACUUUGAAGUUCUUGGAGUUACUGCCAUAGAGGAUCGCCUACAGGAUGGUGUACCAGAGACAAUUGAGACCCUGAGAAAAGCUGGUAUAAAUUUUUGGAUGCUGACUGGAGACAAACAGAAUACUGCCAUACAGAUUGCUCUUUCAUGCAAUUUCAUUUCCCCAGAGCCAAAAGGUCAGCUUUUGUUAAUUGAUGGCAAAACUGAAGAUGAAGUUCGUAGAAGUUUAGAGAGAGUUUUACUUACUAUGAGGAUAACGACUUCAGAACCUAAGGAUGUGGCAUUUGCCAUUGAUGGCUGGUCCCUUGAAAUCGCACUGAAGCAUUAUCGGAAAGAUUUUACUGAAUUAGCAAUAUUGUCAAGGACUGCUAUAUGUUGUCGCGUAACGCCAUCACAAAAAGCUCAGCUUGUGGAGAUUUUAAAAUCAUGCGACUAUAGAACAUUGGCUAUUGGGGAUGGUGGAAAUGAUGUUAGGAUGAUACAACAAGCGGACAUUGGGGUUGGCAUUAGUGGGAGAGAAGGACUACAAGCAGCUAGGGCAGCUGAUUAUAGUAUCGGGAAGUUCAGGUUUCUGAAAAGGUUAAUACUUGUGCAUGGGCGUUACUCAUACAACCGUACCGCAUUUCUUGCCCAGUAUUCUUUUUAUAAGUCUCUGGUUGUCUGCUUCAUCCAAAUUUUUUUUUCUUUUGUUUCAGGUGUCUCUGGAACCAGUCUUUUCAAUUCUGUUAGCUUGAUGGCUUAUAAUGUUUUCUACACCAGUGUUCCUGUUCUAGUCAGUGUCCUUGAUAAAGAUCUUAAUGAAGAUACUGUGAUGCAGCAUCCACAAAUUUUAUUUUACUGCCAAGCGGGGAGGCUUUUGAACCCUAGUACAUUUGCUGGAUGGUUUGGGCGAUCCCUUUUCCAUGCAAUUGUUGUGUUUGUGAUCAGCAUACAUGCCUAUGCCUAUGAAAAAAGUGAAAUGGAGGAGGUUUCAAUGGUAGCACUUUCCGGAUGUAUUUGGUUGCAGGCAUUUGUAUUGACAUUAGAGACAAAUUCCUUUACAAUGUUGCAACAUCUUGCUGUAUGGGGAAACUUAGCUGCCUUCUAUAUCAUCAACUGGAUCUUCAGCGCCAUUCCAUCAUCAGGGAUGUAUACAAUUAUGUUUCGCUUGUGUAGACAGCCAUCUUAUUGGAUGACAAUGUUGCUCAUAGUUGCAGCAGGGAUGGGUCCGAUUCUAGCUCUGAAGUACUUCAGGUAUACUUACAGACCAAGCAAAAUCAAUACACUUCAGCAGGCUGAACGGUUGGGAGGGCCUAUCCUGUCGAUUGGGAGCAUUGAACCACAACCAAGAACCAUAGAAAAUGAUGUUUCUCCGUUAUCAAUAACUCAACCCAAGAACAGAAAUCCAAUUUUUGAACCUCUACUAUCAGAUUCACCAAAUUCUACUAGAAGGUCUUUUGGUUCAGGAGCACCUUUCGAUUUCUUUCAAUCCCAGUCCAGAUUGUCUACUUCCAACUACUCAAGAAAUUGUAAGGACAACUGAGUUGUAUAAUUCUUUUAGCGGCAUUAAAUCAAACACAACUCAUUAUACGUGCGGAAAGUUGAACUGUAGUAUCAAUUUUUUUGUAAAUCAAGCAUUGUACGUAGCAAGUAUCGAUGUGAAUACACCUCAAUUAAAUUAAAGAGAUUAACCUCUUCAUUUUUCAGGGUAGAAUAAAAGAUAAUUCAA